GGCGGAUCAUAUUCAGGACGGAGGGGGCGGGGACAGAACAGAAGAGGGGACGCCUAGCGGGGCUGCGGGGGCGUUGCCGGAAGUAUCCCGGCCUCACGUGACGCGCGGCGCAGUCGGCUGGGGAGAUGGCCUCUUCCGCGGCGUCGGCGGCGCUGACGCAAGGCCUGGAGCGCGUCCCGGACCAGACCGGGUACCUCGUCAUCUGCGACGGAGCCGUGCUGGCGUCAGCGGGUGACCUGGAGAAUGACGAGCGCACGGCGGCGGCCCUCUCGGAGCUGGCCAGCACCGCCUGCGCCUUCCGCCUGCCGCGCUCCACGGACGUGCCCUUCCGGCGCAUCUCAGUGGUGUUUGGGGAGCACUCCUUCCUGGUGACCGUCUCCGGACAGAAGCUCUUUGUGGUCAAGAGGCAGAACACCGUCCGGGAGCCGGUCAUCGUCUGAGCAGAAACUUAAGCUUCCUCCUCCUUCUGAUGAUGAUGGUGAUUUUGUUGGGACCGAGGAAGUGGCAGCAAAAGGGGGAAGAAGUGGAGCCCCCCCCCCCCCCCUGCACAGCAUUGCACACAAGGCACACCAGGGAAGAUGGGCCACUCUUGGGUCUGGCCGUCGGGACAUGAGGGAAGAGGGUCACUCCUGGCUGUGUCAUAGGGAAUAAAAAACCUUUUUAAAAAUGAAAA